AUGUUGGAUAUUGCCUCGGAAGUGAACAGUAAGUAUGGUGCGAAGUAUCACAAACGCAGACAGUUUGCUACAAAGAACGAAAGUGCACAAGAGGCGCACGAGGCUAUUCGUCCUUCUUAUAUUAAUAAGAUAGAUGUGAGUGACGAGCGCGAUGAACAACGCUUGUACGAGUUGAUUUGGAAACGAACCAUUGCUUCGCAAAUGAGUGAUGCUGAAUUGGAGAAAACCAUUAUCACCAUUCAGAACGAUAAGAACGCAAAGGAGUUGCAAGCUACCGGUGAAGUAGUGUUGUUUGAUGGAUUCUUGAAAAUAUAUACCGAGUCGGCUGAUGAAGAGACCGAUAAUAAUGAAGAAGAUGGUGAUGUGUUAUUGCCGCCUUUGAAAAACGGACAAGCCUUGCCAUUAAUUGCGAUGAGCGCUACACAGCGUUAUACUCGUCCAUUACCGCGUUACACAGAGGCUUCAUUGGUGAAGAAAUUGGAGGAAUUAGGCAUUGGUCGUCCUUCUACUUAUGCGCCAACUAUCAGCACCGUGCAGAAGAGAGGCUACAUUGUGAAGGAAGCCAGAGAA